AUGCUGGUCGUUGUUGAAGAAUACAAUCCCAUAUGGGCGCAUCAAUUCGACGUGAUUAAAGGAGAAUUGGAGGAUAUCCUUCAGGGAGUGCGAUACCUCACCAUUGAGCAUGUGGGGAGCACAUCAGUUCCUAGGUUAGCCGCAAAGCCCGUCAUUGAUCUUGCAGUGAUCAGCGAGCGGGACGAAGUUGACGCUGCAAUAAGGGCUUUGGCCUCCACAGGAGGAUACAUGUACAUGGGUGAGAGGGGUAUUCCAGACCGCCAUGCCUUCAGCAAACCGGGUGCUAUACCAGCUCGACACUUGUACGUCUCAGUCGAGGGUUGUCAAUCGAUUCGAAAUCAGCUCGCACUGCGGGAUAUUUGCCGCAAUGAUCCUUUCAUAAGAGCUGCCUAUGGAGAGACAAAGCGCAAGCUGGCUCGGCGAGACUGGAAAAGUGGCGACGAAUAUUGCGAGGCUAAAAAUGACAUAAUUGCCUGGAUAUUGGAAAAGGCCGGCAUGAGUAGUGAGGACCGGGAUCAAAUCCGAAAGUUGAACACAAGAGUAUAG